AUGCGGGCCAGCGUCAGCUGGAUGCUUGGCGGCAGGUUCAGGCGGCACCCAGCCUGGAGGCAGUCCGCGCGGAUGCGCGAGCGGCGCGAGCGCCCCAGGUCGGACCAGCAGGAGUUCCAGAAGCUGGUCCUCGGCUGCAACAAGGACGCCCGCACGCGCCGGCGGCAGGCGUCGUCUUCAGAGGCCGCGUGCGUGCUGGCUGGGUGGGUCGAGGAGUCAGAGCACUGGAACACUGUCGUGUUGGCGUGCUGGUUGGCAAGAGCGCGGUGCAGCCCGCCGGGCGGGUGCCCGGCACGCCGCCCAGCCUUCGAGCAGCUGAAGUACGCGGAGGCGAUGCUGGGCGAGCGACAGAGCGAGGACCGGCCCGCGGCCUGCGCCCUGCGGGCAGCCUCGCGCGCGGGGAUGCUCGGAGAGUCGAAUCACCGUGCUCUUGUCCGGGGUGCGCGCGAGUCCCGCCGCGAGUCAGAGCGCGCGUUGACCGCGCCAGUCGGCCAGGCCAAUGCCGCUGGUUUGACGAACUACGCAGGGUUAUCCAUGAGCGUCGCGCCGGCCAACGUGGGGCCUUUCCCCGCGAGGAGCCCAUCCCCCAAGACGGGGGAGGGCGCGACCUUCCUCAGGCGGUUGCCCGCGCUCGCUCCCGCCGGGGCGGGCGACGUUCAGGAGCUCAUCCUGUCCUGUAACAAGGACGGCAUGGAGCACCUCCGUCGCGGCGAGCACAAGGAGGCCUUCGAGCAGUUCAAGUACGCCGAGGCCGUUCUGCUCGGCACCGCGGAGCCGGACUGCUCGGCGCUGCUCGCGGUUACAUGCAACAACCUCGGCUGCUACUACAAGAAGGUGGGUAAAUUUCACGGGGCCCUCAGCUACCUCCGCCGGGCACUGAAGAUGGAGGUGGAGCUCAGGACGGACGAGGUGACUCUUGCAGGCACGCACCUGAACCUGUGCGCGGUGCUCUCGAAGCUCGAGAAGCACGACAAGGCGGUGCAGCACUCCCUUUGUGCGCUCGAGCUGAUGAGCAAGCACGUCUCUGCGGUGGACACCGACGUCUCGCAGGACGACUACGCGGUGCUGGCCAUCGCCUACCACAACGUGGCGAUGGUACUAUGCCACGUGCUCUCCCCCUGGGACAUCAGUGGCACGAAGUUUCUGUUCAUGGACGACCGGUCCGCCGUUUUCGACUCCCUCCCACAGAUGGAGACGGACUUGCAGACCACCAACACCUUCGACUCGGGCACGGGCGCCAUCGAGAACGUCGGGAAGCGCCAGUGCUGGAAGCGGGGCGACAAGCAGCAGAUCGAGCACAUUGACAUCCUCGCCGUGCCCGACGACCCCUGCGCGAAGAUCACGCCCGCAGCAGGCUGGGACAAGCUCCGCCAGUGCCUGGCAGCCAUUCGCCGCCUCCCUGGAGGCAGCGAGUCCCGGGCCACGGCCGUGCGGGCCUACGCGAAGCCGCUUUGGACGUGGUGUUCACCAGUCUUCUCUCUGCCACCUCCUGACGUAGUCCACGCUACGAUGGCGGCGGUGCUCUCCACGAGGUGCACUUGGUGGUGCCGGGGGCGUUUCUGGGCCUCCAACAUCGACUUGCACCCUGUCUGCAGCGCGGUCCUCGUGGCCAUCGAUCGCAUCACCUAUUGGGACAUUCAGUGGAGUGACUUCCUCGAGGCGAACUUCAUGGCGUUUUUCGAGGCCAUCGGUUUCGAAUUCUUGCAGUGUGACCCUGUACCCGUGCUGAGCGCAAUGACGCAGAAGGGGGUUGACCAGAUCGACCUCGAAGCCUCCUUGGCCAAAAUUUGGGCCAUUUUGAGGGACUCCCUGACGCUUGAGGACAAGAUCUACCUCAAGAUUUUCCGCUGCGGUGCAACCCGCAGCCCGACACGACGAUGGAGCACCAGCAGGCCGGAGCGAACAGCGACCUGUCCCUCCUGCGGGGGAGCCCAUCCCAGCGCGCGCCACUACGUGGCCGAGUGCUGCUCCUUGGACGCUUUCCGCCAGGAGCUCAAUUCCACGUGCCACAUUCCACCGGACUGGUGGUUACGCCAGCCGCGGGCUACACUGAAGACGGGUUGGAUUACCUUCUCGGCUCACGCGUCCCCGGCACGCAGAGCGGAGCUCCAAGUGGCUGUCUGCCGGAUGGGACUCGUUGCCAUGCCAAAGAUGGCAGAGGAUUGCGAGGUGGGCAAGCUGCACGCGGCCUUGAGCUACCUCCGAAAGAGUCUGAAGAUUGAGGUGAACCUCCAGACCGACGAUGUGACCGUAGCUGGGACUCAUCUGAACAUCUGUUGGAUUCUGUCUAAAUUGGACAAGCACGACAAGGCGGCCCAUCCGCGAUUGCGACGGGUUCGCACGGAUGAAUGUUCACGUGUGGUGCA